AUGAGCCCGACCAUCUCAGCCCUCGUAGCCUGUCUCGCAACUGGUCUAAUCUACGUCUUGCUCUACGUGGGACGGCGCGAGAAGAACUUGCCUCCCGGCCCUCCCACUGUGCCUCUCCUCGGCAACAUCCUCCACAUCCCCUCCAAAGGCGCUCACUUCUACUUCACAAAGCUCGCGCGACAGUACGGCGCCAUCUUCAGUCUGAAGCUCGGCACGGGCACAGCGGUGGUCAUCACCGACCGUCGACUGGUCAAGGAGCUCCUGGACAAGAGGAGUUCCAAGUACUCCGAGCGACCCACGUCCUACGUAGCCCAUCUCGUCAGCGGCGGGGACCAUGUCCUGCUGAUGCAGUAUGGUCCACAAUGGAGGGACACCAGGAAGUUGCUUCACGGCAGCUUCAUGGAGAAGGUGGUGGAAGACCAGCAUCUUCCUCUGCAAGAGGCAGAGGCGAGACAGAUGAUCAGGGAUUACUUGCUGGAUCCGGAGCAACACAUGUUGCAUCCCAAGCGUUUCAGCAACUCCAUCAUCAUGUCUCUCGUGUGGGGCAUCAGGACGCCGCAUUGGCAGACUAGACACAUGGAGAGGUGAGUGCCACCAUCCCAGGACUACAAAUGUUCGACUCACCCCUUCAACCAGAUUGUACAGCCUGUUGGAGAUUUGGUCCAAAGUAAUGGAGACUGGAGCCACCCCACCGGUUGAUGUCUAUCCCUUCAUGCACUAUCUGCCCCAGUCUCUUUUCCUCAAUUGGGUUGACCGUGCCACCCACGUUCAGAGAGAAAUGAAUAGUCUCUACUCCGACUUCCUUCGUGACAUCCGCACUCGUCGUAGCAAAGGCGGUAGUCGCGGAACAUUCAUGGACCGAAUUCUCGACCAAGCAGACAGUGAGAACAGAUUGGACGGCCUGACACAUUCCGAUCACGAGCUCUGGUUCAUUGGCGGCUCUAUCACGGAAGGUGGCAGCGAUACAACGGCCUCCAUGCUGACAGCUUUUGUUCAAGCAAUGGCCGCAUAUCCAGAAAUUCAGAGGAAAGCGCAAGCGCAAAUCGACAGUGUGAUCGGUUCAGACCGCAGUCCUACAUGGCGAGAUUACCAGAGUCUCCCGUACGUCGCCCAAUGUGUCAAAGAAACAAUGCGUUGGCGACCAGUCACACCUCUGGCCUUCCCUCACGCCCUGACGGAAGACGAUUGGAUUGACGGCAUGUUCCUCCCCAAGGGGACCGUCGUCAUCGUCAAUGCCUGGGGAAUGCAUCAUGAUGAGAAUCUAUACCAGAAUCCUGAACACUUCGAUCCAGAUCAUUUCAAAGGCUGCACGACUCUGGCUACGGAGCUCGGCAAAGGUCCUUGUGAGAACCGAGAUCACUAUGGGUACGGCACAGGUAGAAGAUUCUGUCCUGGCGCUCACAUCGCAGAGCGGAAUAUGUUCUUGGCUAUGAGCAAGAUUCUGUGGGCUUUCGAUAUCUCGCCAGGUCCCAACGGAAUACCUGAUACGGAUCCGGUGACGGGAUACUGUGAAGGCUUUCUGGUAUGUGCGAAUGAUUUUGAAGCACAGUUCAACGUUCGCGGGGACCGCAGAGAGACCAUCCUGGCGGAGUUUGAGAGCUCGAAAGGCAAGUUUGAACAGUAUGAAUCGACUGGCGAGGAGACUGCUUGA